AUGAUUACACCACGCUUUGAGGUGUCUCAGGACGAGGAGUUUGUGUUCAUCAAGGUGUUCAUUUCGAGCGUGCGGUUCUCUGCCGCGGCGCUCGAGAUGACUGCCGACGACGAGAAGUUCAUUUUCUCGCUCCCGCCGUACUAUCUACGGCUGCGGUUUUCUGGAGGCCUGGUUGACGACGAGCGGGCCAAGGCCGAGUUUGUAACGAAUAACGACUGCAUUUCGAUCCAGAUGCCCAAGGCGCAGAAGGGCGAGGUUUUUGGUGACCUGGACCUGCCGGCAAAGCUGCUGGGACGAAUUGAGGCUCCUAAGAAACAGGGUGUUCUGAUAGAAGAGCUGGGCAGCACGGAAACAACAGACUCGCUGGCUCAGGAAGCCGAACAGUUUGACUGGGAGGUCGAGCAGGUUGUUCAAGAGCCGGUUUCAUUGGUCCCGCAGUUUCUGUACGGCUUUGACAACAAGUAUUCUGACAUGAUGGACGCUUCCAUCUCCAACGGGAACGACAUCAACGAGCUGUCUAAUCCGGACAAAAUGGCCGCGGACGAACGAAUCAAUGAGCGAUUGAUCAAAGAAAACCUCAAGUUCGACGCCGAGUACUACGCCAACGACUACCUCACAGAAAAAUACUUUGCUUCCGAAUCAAACAUCAAGCAACUAGUCGCCUGGGAAAACCCCGUCUACGAUCAAUACAAGCACCACAAGCAAACAGAGUUCACAGCAGAAGAGAACGACAAGAUGAUGGAUUUGCCGAAGAAGUCAUAUUUGGUUGAAAACGUCCGUCCUCUCUAUUACACAAUUGUGUGUAUACUAUAUGCGUAUCUGUACGAGGUGCGGCAGAACGAGGGCGACACGACCGUCGAGAGUGGCUGGACGGUUGGAAAGCUCGUUCCGCAGUUUAGCUGUCUGGACUCGCAGCUAAUCCAGUCGAACAACGAAACAGAAAAUAACAUGCUCAAAGUGGUUGCAAUCACUAUGAGCAGACGCAGUUUGUGCUUCCCAUUAGUUAGACACUGGAAAAUGGUGAAAGCCGUCUGGGACGACGUGUAUUACACGCUGAGAUGCGGCACUCGCGCAGUGCUCAAGACGCUCAUAGCGUGUCGGGAGCUGUUCCGGUUCCACGACGUGUACUAUAUCUAUUGCAAGAUCUGGCUCGACGAUUUGUGUGCCUGGACUCUUACCAAGGGAAACGACACAGUUCUGCGGAACUUGGGCCACGAAUUGCGCAAAACGGUGGCCGAAUUAAACAAGGAGAACGUGGUGUUUGAGAAGAUCUUGGCAGAAGGCUCUGAGGAGCUGGAGUUUGUCAAUCUGCUGGACAUUGAGCAGCUCGCAGAGAUCUCGUAUAACGAGUCCCAAUAA